AUGGAGCUUGUGGAGUUGAAGCCACUAAGGCGUGCAUUAGUUGGAUUGCCUGGUGUUAAUGGUCUCUCAACAGAGCAACGCAAAAGGUUGACAAUUGCAGUCGAACUUGUGGCAAAUCCUUCCAUAAUAUUCAUGGAUGAGCCAACUUCUGGGCUGGAUGCAAGAGCCGCUGCUAUUGUCAUGAGAACAGUUAGGAACACUGUAGACACUGGAAGAACAGUUGUUUGUACCAUCCAUCAGCCUAGCAUAGACAUAUUUGAAUCUUUUGACGAGCUUUUGCUAAUGAAGCAAGGAGGGAAAGAGAUAUAUGUGGGGCCACUUGGACCGCAUUCUUCCAAUUUAAUUAGUUAUUUUGAGGAAAUCGAAGGUGUCAAUAAGAUCAAAGAUGGCUAUAAUCCAGCAACAUGGAUGUUUGAAGUCACGACUUCAGCAAAAGAAAUGGAAUUAGGGAUUGAUUUUGCCGAUGUGUACAAAAAUUCAGUGUUAUACAGGAGAAACAAAGAACUUGUUAAGGAAUUGAGUAGUCCAGCUCCUGGUUCCAGAGACCUUUAUUUUCCAUCACAGUAUUCAACUUCCUUUUUUACCCAAUGCCUGGCUUGCUUAUGGAAACAACAUUGGUCUUACUGGCGCAAUUGUCCGUACACUGCCCAAUCAUUCAUUUACACAAUUGCUGUUUCUGUUUUGUACGGGAGCAUGUUUUGGAACAAUGGCUCGAAAAUUGAAAAGAAACAAGAUCUUUUCAAUGCCAUGGGCUCCAUGUAUGCUGUUGUUUUGCUUGUUGGCGUUAAGAAUUCUUUUUCUGUGCAGCCAGUGGUUGCUGUUGAAAGAACAGUCUAUUAUAGGGAAAGAGCAGCUGGAAUGUAUUCAGCUUUCCCAUAUGCUUUUGCUCAGGUUCUGAUUGAGCUCCCGUAUGCACUUGUGCAAGCUGUAGUUUACAGCACUAUCAUUUACGCAAUGAUUGCUCGUGUUUUCAAUUUCAUGGGUUUCCCGAUUGGCGGGGGAAGCAUUCUCAGGGUAGUCAUGGAUCAGGGAAAGGAGCAAGCCAUUCUAGAGGGCAUGCGCCAUUUAGCCAGAGAGAAAGGAACUGCGUCUUUUCUUCCUCACAAAACAACAGGAAACCAAAAUUGGAGAAACUUUUUGUUUCUGGGAAACAGUUGCUAG